CGCUUCGUGGGGUAUCGCCGGGCAGAAAAGCUGUGUGUGGCCGCCGCCCACCUAUGGCGACACACCUGUCGCGACAGGGCGAUCGUGUCGCGACAGCGCGAGGGGUUCGCCUCGGCAGCGUGUAAUGCCGGGGACGGCUGCUCCUCCCCGAACGGGCCCAGCUCCCUCGUCGGCGCCCUGUCGCGAUCGGAAGCGGAGCAGCAGCACCAUGAUGGCCAACGCGGCCACCAUGCGGAUCCUCAUCAAGGGGGGGAAGGUGGUGAACGACGACUGCACCCUCGAGGCCGACGUCUACAUUGAGAACGGCAUCAUCCAGCAAGUGGGGCGCGAGCUGAUGAUCCCCGGCGGUGCCAAGGUCAUCGAUGCCACUGGCAAGCUCGUCAUCCCGGGCGGCAUCGACACCAGCACCCACUUCCACCAGACCUUCAUGAACGCCACCUGUGUCGAUGACUUCUACCAUGGCACCAAGGCAGCGCUGGUGGGGGGCACGACGAUGAUCAUUGGCCACGUCCUGCCCGACAAGGAGAUGUCACUGCUGGACGCCUACGAGAAGUGCCGCAGCCUGGCCGACCCCAAGGUGUGCUGCGACUACGCCUUGCACAUGGGCAUCACCUGGUGGGCGCCCAAGGUGAAGGCAGAGAUGGAGACGCUGGUGCGGGAGAAGGGGGUGAACUCCUUCCAGAUGUUCAUGACCUACAAGGACCUGUACAUGCUGCGGGACAGCGAGCUCUACCAGGUCCUGCGCGCGUGCCGCGACAUCGGUGCCAUCGCCCGCGUCCACGCUGAGAACGGAGAGCUGGUGGCCGAGGGAGCCAAGGAAGCUCUGGAUCUGGGCAUUACGGGGCCGGAGGGCAUCGAGAUCAGCCGGCCUGAAGAGCUGGAAGCUGAGGCCACGCACCGCGUCAUCACCAUCGCCAACCGGACCCACUGCCCUGUGUACCUGGUGAACGUCUCCAGCAUGUCCGCAGGGGAUGUCAUCGCCGCUGCCAAGAUGCAAGGGAAGGUGGUGUACGCAGAGACGACCACGGCGCACGCCACACUCACCGGGCUGCACUACUACCACCAGGACUGGUUCCACGCCGCCGCCUACGUCACCGUGCCGCCGCUGCGCCUCGACACCAACACCUCCGCCUACCUCAUGAGCCUGCUCGCCAAUGACACACUGAACAUCGUGGCCUCGGACCACCGGCCUUUCAGCACCAAGCAGAAGGCCAUGGGCAAGGAGGACUUCACCAAGAUCCCCCAUGGCGUCAGCGGGGUGCAGGACCGCAUGAACAUCAUCUGGGAGCGUGGCGUGGUGGGCGGUAAGAUGGACGAGAACCGCUUUGUGGCCGUGACCAGCUCCAACGCUGCCAAGAUCCACAACCUGUACCCCCGCAAAGGCCGGAUCAUCCCCGGGGCUGACGCUGACGUUGUGGUCUGGGACCCUGAGGCCACCAAGACCAUCUCUGCCAGCACCCAGGUGCAGGGCGGGGACAUCAACCUGUACGAGAACAUGCGGUGCCACGGGGUGCCCCUGGUCACCAUCAGCCGUGGGCGCGUGGUCUAUGAGAACGGCGUCUUCAUGUGCGCCGAGGGCACCGGCAAGUUCUGCCCGCUCCGCUCCUUCCCGGACAUCGCCUACAAGAAGCUGGUGCAGCGGGAGAAGAGUUUGAAGCUGCGGGGUGUGGAUCGCACCCCGUACCUGGGGGACGUGGCCGUGGUUGUGCAUGCCGGGAAAAAAGAGACGGGGACGCCCCUGGCCGAUACGCCCACCCGGCCGGCCACACGACACGGGGGCAUGAGGGACCUCCACGAGUCCAGCUUCAGCCUGUCCGGUUCUCAGAUCGAUGACCACGUUCCAAAACGAGCCUCGGCCCGGAUUCUCGCUCCCCCCGGGGGCCGGUCGAGCGGCAUCUGGUAGAGCCGGGGACCUGUCCCCCAACUGAGGACCAGGCGCCGCCCCCAGCGCCCCCGGACCCCGGCUCUGGCGGGGCUCCCCUCGCCGCGGGGGCCCUGCCCGGCCCCCGUCCCGCCGGUGGGGCCAUGCCGCCGGUGGGGCCGUGCGCGGGGGCCGGGGGCCGCGGAGGGCCGGGGGCAGUGGGUGCCCCCCCCGGCCCUUUUCUGUUUGCACGUUGGAUUUGGAUCAGUGAAUUUUUGACUUGUUUGUGCAUCACGUGGAAAUACUCUGAAGUGGUUUGUGUCACUAGCGUAGGGGAGACACAGGGACCCCCCCUUUCUGCCCCAGCCUGCCCCCAUCCCUGUACCCCAUCCAUAACCCACACCACCAUCCCUGAUCCCCACUCCUGCCCCCCUCCAUCGCCAUGUCCCCAUUCCUGACCCCCCUCCCUAUUGCUGUCCCCCUCUCCCUGAACCCAGUCACCAUCCCUGAGCCCCAUCUCCAUUGCUGUUGUUCCCAUCUCCAUCCCUGCACCUCCAUCCCCCAUCCCUGACCGCCUUCUCCAUCAGCACUCCCCCCUCUCCAUCCCUGAAGCCCCAUCUCCAUUCCUGACCCCUCCACCCCAGCCCCCCAUUCCCAUUUCUUCUCUCCCAUGCCUUACCUGAUCUCCAUCCCUGACCCCCAUCUGCACCCUCAUUUCUGUCCCCCCUCAAAGCCCCACUCUAUCCCUGAGCCCCCAUCCCUAUCCCUGCACCUCCCCAUCCCCGCAACCCCCCUUCCUCCCCACCGUGAGCUUCCCCAGCCCUGCAGUGAGUGGUGUCACACACGUGUGUGUCACACCAGCAUGGGCCCAGUGCGGUGUCCAUAGCACACACCUGUGUCACACCUGUGUCACACCUAUGUCACACCUGCAUGGGCCCAGUGCGGUGUCCCUAGCACACACCUGUGUCACACCUGUGCCACACCUAUGUCACACCUGCAUGGGCCCAGUGCGGUGUCCCUAGCACACACCUGUGUCACACCUGUGUCACACCUGCACGGGCCCAGCGGGACGUUUGCACACAGGUGUGCAGAGGUGAACCCCUGGGCAGGUGUCAGCACUCCCACACACGUGUGUCCCAGUGUCCCAUCCCUCUGACACUUGUGUCAGGCCCUACCAGGUCCCUCCUCACCUGCCAGGGUCCCCAGCACUGCUCCUGCUGCCAAUGGGGGUCCGUGUGCGUGUGGCCCCCCGAGGAGUCCCUCUCCCCCUGGUGCUAUUGGGGGGUGUCCCAACCCUUCCUCGCCCCCCGCCGUGUCCCCUGUGCCCCCUGUGCCCUCCCCCCUGUAGGUCCCUGUAGGUGUUUGGGGGCCGGUGGGCACCUGGCGGGGGGUCCUGUGUCCCCCCUGGGUGGUCCCGCACGGCCAAUUUAGGAACAUGCCGUCCGUUGUUUGCUCAUUAAAGACCGUUCACAGCG